AUGGCAGUUGGUUCUACAAUGCUCGGAAGGAAACUUUUAAUAGUGUUCCUAACUGUCGUGUUCGUUGCAUCCAUUGGAGCAAAUUUAAUACAAGAAAGACAAAAUUCAACUCCAAUUUCUUCAGCAGCUCCCGCGUCGACACAAACAGAUGCUCCAACGUCAACAGCCACUCCAGUGGCUCCAACGACGCCUUCGUCCACUCCAGCGGUUGCUUCACCGACUCUUACGUCAUCGCCUACGACCAGUCCAACGGCUGCCCCAACAACGCCCUCUACAUCCCCAGCAACCCCGACAGAAACUCCAACAACGCCCGCAACAUCCCCAGCAACCCCGACAGAAACUCCAACAGCGACUGCGACUCCAACUUCACAAGGUAAAACAAGUUCAAUACCUGAUACUACGGUCAUUACUACUUCAGCUACAUCGAUAAAAGUAUCAUCGUCCAUAGGUAGCUCUUCAAUCGAUCUAACAUCACAGUCGUCGUUGUCAUCAACUGUAAUAGCAUCAACUGUAGUAGAGUCAAGUGUAGUAGCGUCAUCUGGUAGUAGUAAAACCACCACUAUUGCUACUUCUUCAAGUGAUACUAACUCCAUUCCUUCCUCAACUAUCGAUACGACCACUACUUCUUCCGCUCUAAAAAAUGAAACUUCCACGAUUGAAGAAUCCUCCAGCAGCACUCAAUUUUCUACUUCCGUAUUUAUACCUCCAUCACAAACUACAACUACCGUGGAUGUUUGUCAAAAUAAUAGUAACUGUAAAGAAGAUACCACUAUAAAUACCAGCGAAACCGGUAAUAUAGUUACCACAACUGUCCCACCUGAUUCAGGCACUUCUGUAAUUACAAUCACACCUACUACCACCAAUCCGAAGGCAAAAUCCACUAUGUGGUCCACCACUGUCAUGUAUACCACAAUCACCGAAUAUUUCCCUGGAUAUACUACUACUUUAUAUUCCAAGGGUACCGAUGGAAUUGAAACACCAUUUUCCACCUAUGUUCCGCCAAGCACUGUGGUAGUGGUGAAGCAGGUAACGGCUGCUGUUCCCGAAGAUCUUGUGACGACCGGGAGCGGCAAUCUGAGCUUUGAGGCAUGGAAUGGCAUGUUGAUAAGUUUUCUUGUGAUGGGAGUCACGCUUGUUUACAUGAUUUUGGCGCAAUGA